GUUACAAAUGCCAUUAGCCGCAACAGCUUCUCAACAUCUCUAAAAACUCUUCUAAUUUUGGCUUCGUCAUUUUAAAAAACCGCCUCACCCAAGGCGGUGGUGGUUGGUUGGGCAUUUUUACACAAAAUUUCUUUUCAAACUUUUUUUACUUCACCCACUAUUUUAUAUUUUUAAUUUUUAUACAUAACUUAAGUAAACUAUAAAUUAAGCCAAAAUUGAUUUUAUCAUGGAUCAUGCGGUUAAAGCUACACGUGGUCGUCCCUGGAAUACACUGCGUUUUGAAAAUGAUGAAUUAGAGUGUUUGUAUCAACGUUAUACGUUGAAAUUGCAACGUUUCUCGGUGCUGGGUGUAGUGGCUUUGGUUGUGGUGCUAUGUGGUGUUAUGGCAGCUUUAUCUUUAGCUUAUAAUAAUGCUCCUACAUUUCAUAAUGUCUUCAAUUCAUUUGUGUGCCUGUUAUUUGCCAUAAUUUUAAUAUUGUUACAAUGUCGCGUGAUCAAAGAUCAUCAUUUACCCUGUCUGUGUUAUGGUAUUUUAUUGUUUACUGCUGCCAUUUGUAUUGUAUCGAUGCCAACAUUAGGUUCCGUGUUUCCGGUGGAUACCAAAGAGGAAGAAUCAGAGGUCAUGGCCGAAGGUGUUUGGCAAAUAGUAUUUGUGGUCUUUUUGGCGUAUGCCAUGAUGCCAUUACAAAUCUGGGAAGCUGUUUGUUUUGGCAUAAUCCUACCAUUGGUGCAUAUUAGUUUAACUGUAUAUAAAAUAUUUACGGAUUCAUUUCGUUAUUUGGAAUAUAAUCAGCUUAUUGCCAACAUUGUUAUGUUUAUUGGUGUUAAUGUGGCCGGUCUUGUGGUCAACAUUAUGAUGGAACGUGCCCAAAGGCGGGCAUUUCUAGAUACACGCAAUUGUAUUGCCGCUCGUCUAGAGAUACAGGAUGAAAAUGAGAAAUUGGAAAGACUACUAUUGUCGGUACUACCUCAGCAUGUAGCAAUGCAAAUGAAAAAUGAUAUACUCUCACCGGUGGCUGGACAAUUUCAUCGGAUUUACAUACAAAAGCAUGAAAAUGUUAG